ACGUGAACGAAGACUAAAAUAGAUUGCGCCGCGACCGCGCGCGUACCGCACUCCUGCAAGGAUUAAAACGUUUAAGCUUGCAUUAAAAAAGAUUCGGAAACAACUCUGAUGAGCUUACGUGAAGUGAAAUUAAUUUGUGUUUAACUUAAUGAAAGUUUCGCGUGAAAAUGUGGUUAAGAAAUACGCUAAUAAUUGCAUUCCUGACUGUGUGUCGGGAUGUCUCUGGUGACAUAGGCGACGAUAUGACAGAAGCCAUCCAGCUAUGCUGCAACGCGGGGACUGCUGAUGCACGGAACCAAACCACGCCAGACUGUUCGGCUGAGCACCCCCUACCAUCGAAGGUGCCGGCAGCCUUCAACACACUCUGCAUCAUAGCCAGAUCUCAAUGCUGUAAAGAGUAUACUCAGAAGAAGCGAGACUGCGAAAACGGUAUCGACAUUGGAAUUAGUACGAAGCGCUGUGACUCUACAUCUGGUUCCACUAAGGUUUGCUGUGGGGAGUGCGUCAGGGGAAAGAACAUAGGACUUGUUAAAGGUUUCUCGAUCUGCGAUGUCCUGACACGCGGUAACAGCGCCGAGGAGUUGUUGGCUGAUGAUGCUUACGCGCAAUGCUGCAAGAAUGGAGCGCAGGAGAGCAACAGGAGUAUGGUACAUACUAACGUUAGUCCGGAAUCGAUUGGAAAAAUAGCAUCGCUUUGUGAAGACUACGCUCCAACCGAACUCUGUGCCCACCACUGCAUUCCGGUACCAGGGUCUUACAAGUGCGAAUGUAAUCCUGGAUUCAUGCUUAUGGCUGACGGGAGGAAUUGCAAGGAGGUUAUAAAAAACCGCUGCCGACCACGGAAUCCUUGUCAGCACAAAUGCAACGACAAUGGCAUCACAGUGAAAUGCUCCUGUCGACGUGGCUAUGAACUCAUGCCGGAUGGGAAGUCCUGUAAAGAUAUAGAUGAAUGCCAACUAGAUUUGUCGAUCUGCCUCCCUGGAACCAAAUGCUUCAAUACACGAGGCUCUUACAAAUGUGUGCCCGUACAAAUGAACUUCAAUCGUGAAGGACUCAUGAAGGAAUGCCCUCCGGGAUUCUUUAGGAACAUCUAUAAAGAUCUCUGUGACGACAUUAACGAAUGUAAGCUGCCGAAGCCCCCUUGUCCCGUGCACGUGUGCGAGAAUACAGUCGGAGGCUACAAAUGCGAUGGAGUCAGUGGAGAUCCAGUCAACUUGAGCAGUACUCCGAUGACUCCGGAACAAGACAAAUGCCCUCAAGGAUUCAAGUUCGGUCAUCACGGAGAAUGUGAAGAUAUGGACGAAUGCGUUUCACAUGAAGACGACUGCAAUCCUCUUUCACAAUUCUGCAUAAACACGCACGGCUCCUUCCACUGUCAAGAUAUGGUAUCAAAGCACUGCCCUCCAGGCUUUAAGAUCAACGAAGUUAAUGGUAGAUGUGAAGAUAUAAACGAAUGCGAAGACGAUACAGAAAUCUGUCGGUCAGAUCAGGACUGCAUCAAUCAACUCGGUCGAUAUGACUGCAAAUCGAAAGUCAGCAGAUUCAAAUCCAAUCAGCAGUGUCCAGAUGGAAUGCGCAAUAAUUCAAAAGUUUGCGAAGACAUAAACGAGUGCCUUGAAGGAACCCAUCUUUGCGACCAGCAUCAGAACUGUCUCAACACAAAUGGCAGUUACGAAUGUCACUGCAAAGUUGGAUACGAAUUGGACGUUACCACUAGUGCUUGUAUUGAUAUGAACGAAUGCGCUACCGGCCAACACAACUGCAUUAUCGGUUCGCAGCGUUGCGAUAACACAGUUGGUUCCUUCCUCUGCAUCAGGAUUACAUCUUGUGGCACCGGAUACAUUUUGCAUCAUUCAACCGGCACAUGUGAAGAUAUCGACGAGUGCGCACUAGGAACUCACAAUUGCGCUCGCGCCGGCCCAGAGUACCAGUGCAUCAACAUCCCAGGGUCUUUCCGCUGCGUAAGGCGGAGGACAUCAACAACUUCCACAACAGCUCUACCCGAAUAUGAAUACGUCUAUUACGAUAUAGAAGAUGGAGAAAAUCCUGAGGAAAAACAAACAGUAGCAGUGAAUAAUCUGGAUAAUAGCACACCUUCUACUACAACUACCAGCACUUCAACUACUGAGCUCUCAUCAUCUUCUACGCAAUCUAUUCAACCGAGUUCACCAUCACCCUCACCGUCCAGCGAAAUACCAACUAUAAAUAUUCCUACGCACCCUUCACCCGAUGAAGAUAUAAAUAGUAUAAUUCCACCGCCGAAUUAUAACGAGCCAAUCCAACCGGAUAUAUUUUAUUCCGAACCAAAAUCGACAACAACAGAAUCACGCCCACUUACUAUACCAGUAACUACAGUAACACCGAUCCCAGCAACAUCGCAACCCGAACCAUCUCAAUCAGAGCCUUCGAAAUUUGAACCUAAUACCGAAACGCCGAAACCGGAACCUCCAAAAACCGAAUAUCCCGAACUUCAGUCUCCGAAGCCUACGGAACCAGAGCCAACUGAACCGGGUAUCUUCUACAGUGAACCGAAAACUGAUAUUUCUUCAACAACAACAACCCACGAAUACAUUACUGACAGUGAACCGAAGUCAAAUCUAAUACCUUACGAGCCGAGAUAUCCAGAGCCGACAAUUACUUAUGCAGAACUUAAACCGGACCAAGAUAUCUCAACGAACUUUGUUCCUUACGAAAUCGAUAAAGAUACAACCUACGAGAAAACUUCUGAGAAGUAUCCGUACAGUACCGAAUCCGGAAAGCCUAUUUAUCCGCAUACAAUAUUUGUUGAUGUUAGCAAAGACGCGCCUACUGUUGAAGGCAAGAGAACAAGCGAUGGAUCUGUGGUUAUCGACGCGAACAGUAUACCGGAAAAUGAAUGGACGAAAGUCAGCGUUAAGCCCAUUAGUUGUCCCCAUGGAUACGAACCAGAUGAAUACGGAGCAUGUUUUGAUGUCGAUGAAUGUUUCACGAAUCGCCACACGUGCUAUAAUAAUACUGAGGUCUGUAAGAACACCGUCGGCGGAUAUAUUUGCAACUGCGCUCCGGGAUACACAAAAUAUAAUGACACAGGCUUUUGUACGAUUAUAACAACGUCGUCUACCUCGACGAGUACAUCCACAACAACAAGUACCACUACAACAGCUCCUACGACCAGCGAAAAGAACUUUUUCUGGAGCUAUCCUGAUUAUCGGCCGAUCACAACGCGGCCAUUCCGACCUAGGAACCCAUGCGAUGUUGGAUUUUAUCUGGAUCAAAAAACAGGCACCUGUGAAGAUAUUAACGAAUGCACAAACGGUCAAGCGGACUGUGCUGCUGUGGAGAUCUGCGUCAACACUCAAGGAGGAUACAAAUGUGAAUGCCCACCGAACUGGAGUCUCGAUGAUGUUCGGCAUCGAUGCGUGCCGAUCAGGAGACAUGGUCUAUUCCCACCCGGUUAUGGGAAUGAGCCUCCACAUGAUUCGAGACCAGUAGUCAGCUAUACAAGCAAGCCUCCAGAAAGUCCGGUCAGUCCAAAAGUCACACACGUCGAUGACCGCGGUAGAGUUUUUAAAUGCCCGUGGGGAUACCGCCUCGGUAUAGACAAUGUUUGCGAAGAUAUCAACGAAUGUGUAACCGGAGAAGCUAGAUGUGGGCCGUUGCAAAUUUGUACGAACUUGCCCGGAGGAUACACGUGUAGCUGUCCUAAUGGUCACCGUUUAGCUGGUGACCAUGAAUGUGAGGACGUGGACGAGUGUGACCUUGCUGGGAAGAUGAUGAUCUGUUCGCGAAACGCGGAUUGCAUUAACACCAUAGGAUCGUACCAGUGCAAAUGUCAUAACGGCUUCAGACCCGCUCCUGUUAAUAAUAAGGUAUGCGUGGAUGUAGACGAAUGCACUGAAUCCAAUUCGAGGUCCCUUUGUCAGCACCGCUGCAACAACGUCUGGGGAGGAUACCGGUGUUCCUGCUACAAAGGAUACCGUUUAAAUAUUGACAACAAAACCUGUUCGGACAUAGAUGAGUGUUCGGAAUUGAAAUCGAAAAUGUUGUGCAUCGGUCGCUGCCAUAACGAGCCGGGGAGAUACAGAUGCUCCUGCCCUAGGGGAUAUAGGCUUUCGGAAGACAAAAGGAGCUGUAUCGAUAUCGACGAAUGCGAAACUGGCGAAGCGACUUGCGCGAAAAGUGGCAUAUUCGGGAGCACCAGCUACCUUUGUUUCAACACCAGAGGAAGUUACCGUUGUCCCCAGAUUACCUGCCCGCCGGGCUACAGGCUAGAAAAUAAACACCGCUGCUCGAAGGCUGGCGAAAUUUGCAGACUUGGAGACUGGGAGUGCGCACACAAGCCCACCACAAUAUCAUACAACUUCAUCACAUUCGUUUCGAAACUAUACAUACCCGCUUCUACGGUGAACCUGUUCACGAUGAGGGGCCCGACUUGGCCGAACGCUCGUAUUAAGUUCCAACUUAAGCUGGUGGAAGUUGACGCUCCGCCAACCGUCAAAGAUAAAGCUGAUAUUAAUACCUUCUUAUUAUCCCAGAACAACAACGAAGGCGUGAUGUCUCUGGGUCGUCCUCUGGAAGGACCACAGAGCAUAAAGUUGGACUUAAUAAUGGAGCUAUACAACAAUGGGCAGUUCGGAGGCAUUGCUGUCGCGAAAAUAUUCAUUUACGUGUCCGAUUACGAGUUCUAAACAUUUUCGCGCUGGUAAAAAGGCAUUUAUGCUGACUUAAAUAAAUAGAACAGAAAAAGAAUAGAGACGUUAUUGCGAUGUUAAAAUAUGAAUUUUUCAAUCAAUUUUCAUUUACAUGUCCCUUAUAUUGUAGCAAACGAAUUUAAUGUGGUCAUUGUUUAUAACCAAAUUAAGGGAAUUCCGUAUGUUGAUAGAUCUUCCUGUUAUCGCCCUGAAUAAAUUUUAAGCUUUCGAAAAUGACGUAUAGUACUCGGCAAUAAAUAUUGCACAUCGACCGUGCGAAAGAGACGGUUAAUUUUUGCUUCGUAGAGCGUUAUAUCUGUCGCACAUUACCUAAUUGACGUUUAGUCUUUAUAGAUGCCGGAUCGUUAGUGUUUCGUCGCACACAGGUAAAACGCUAUACAACAAAAAUAAAAUUAGACGACUGUCUCUUUCAAAAUAUCGAUGUACAAUACUUAUUCAAAUCAUUAUAUUGCGUAUGUGACGAGAAAUCCGGAAAAGUCAAGGUACAGCAGCUAAUUCCGUUUUCAGUGAUUGGAUUUAGUUGACCAAGCAAGCGUGGCAACCUCUUUAUGAGUUUUAGAUUUUCACGAUUCUCCAUUUUUUUAACGGUAAAGACGUCAUCACGAAAACAUAAUGAAUUCGAAGCAUCGAAAGCCUAAAAAAACUGCGUUCUUGCAAUUAUGGCAUAAUGAUGCCUGACAACCCUAAUGGAUGAUAACGUCAUUUGUAACUAACAUAACACGUGACAUCUUGUGUUAAAGUGUAAAAUCAAAUUUAUAUUAGGGUAGAAAGGCGAACCGAAUGUGCCUUUUAUGAGGAUUUUAAUAUUUUUAUUUUUAACUAGCGACCCGCCCUCGCUUCGCUUCGGAAACAUUAAGUUUUAUUAUUAAAUUAUUAAUAGCAGAGUCCCGCCAUGUUACCCGCGGUUAUUUUCGUACCGUGGGUGACGCCGCGGGGCGAAGCUAGUCUAAAAAAACUAGUUAGCCUAAGUUACUCUUUAGAUCAUCAGCUAUCUAUCAGUGAAAGUCUCAUAAAAGUCGGUCCAGCCGUUCCAGAGAUUAGCCGGAACAAACAGACAGACAGACAAAAUUUAAAAAAAAUGUUAUUUUGGUCUACGUACCGUAUAUAUAUUCAUACAUUCACGUAGUAAAAAGCGGUUAUUGCAAUGUUACAAACAGACACUCCAAUUUUAUUUAUAUGUAUAGAUUUAUCAAGCUCAUUGUUUGUGUGCGAACUUCGAAAGGUUUCUAAGGGAUAUCACUCGAUUAUUUCGUAAGUAAUUUAAUUUCAAAAAUACUCAUUUUCGACGGGUAUGAUCACUAUUAAUCGAGUUCCCGAUCUUUAGGUUCCAGCCAUUUUAGAAUUUCUGUUUACGCGGGAAACGAAAGCGUCCAAACCCAACCUAUAAAGUAAUGUUUGUAACUAAUCGAAUGAGAUUUAAAAUAAAGGUCUGUCAAAUUAUUUUUCGAAUUGUAGUUUCCUAAGAGGCAGUAUUCGUAAUUAUCGUGUAUAAUAUUCCAAAUAGUUGUAAGUAUACUGUAGACAACAUCGAUUGUAUUAUCUGUGCAAUUUUUUACAGAUUACAUAUCGCUGUUAAUAGAUCGAUUACAUAAAAAAAAUGUAUAUUGCCUAUUUUUAGUAUUGAAGUAAUAAAACAAAAUUAGUUUUUAA